CUGAAAGGCCAGCCUCACUCCGGCCCCUUCUGCAGCUGAGAAUUCCCCAGAUCUGCUGUCCCGUUGCAGGGUGUGGUUUUAGCUUGAGGGGGCCUUCUCAAGACUCCAUGGUAUUAUGGUGUAGGUCAGAGCUGUGUUGUCGGGACAGCUGGGGGUGGGUCCCAGAAGGUUCAAUUCUGUCGGGGGAUGCUUGGUGUAGAGACCUGCUCUUGUGAAAAAGCGCCGCAUGAACUUGUCACAGGGUCACACCAGCCUCUCACCUUCUCUCACUGGGGAAACCAUUUCCCCAUCAAGAAAGCAACACGACCGUUCUUGCAAAUACGCUGAGCCUUUGUGGUGACCCAAAGCUUUCCUGGCUUCUGCCACUCACAGCAUGAUACCAAUGCUGUGAUGAAAAAUACACCCCCCGCCUCGGUCUCCACAAGUUUCCGUCCUCUAGUGUCCCAAGGCUGCCUAUAAAGAGAGGGCACAGCUCAGACCCCAGCAGGAGGCUGUAACUUCUGGUCUCCGGGUCCAGCUCCACUGGCCCCACCUGACCCUCUCACCCGCCUGGCGUCAUGGAGCUCCGCGGGGCCGCCCUGGCUGUCCUGCUGCUCACCGCGGCCCUCUCUGCCCACACCUGCUCGGCCAGCCUUGGUGCCAACACCCCGACCGCCUGCUGCUUCUCCUUCGUCUCCCGGCAGAUCCCACGCAAAUUCGUGGACGACUAUUAUGAGACCAGCAGCCAGUGCUCCCAGCCCGGCGUCAUCUUCAAGACCAAAAGAGGCCGGCAGGUCUGUGCCGACCCCAGUGAGGACUGGGUCCAGGAAUACAUUACCGACCUGGAGCUGAAUCCCUGAGUGGCCUGGGAGCUUCAGGGAAGAUGGACAGUUGGGGAAGCAGGGCGAUGACCCUGGGGCUCCAAAAGGCACCUCUUCUGUGGGUCACACCCCUUCCCCAACCACUCACUGGGGCCCUCCUUCACUUUAAUGUCUCCUAUUUAACCUUUGUCAUUUAUUUCCACCAUGGAAGUGUGUGAUGUCAUGAAUACCUGCUCUGACCCCCCGUCACCCUCUUCCCCAAGCAUCCCUCCCCUUCCUCCGUAACUGUCCUUACUCUCAGUACAUGGAUCAGUCAGUGUGAUUGGUCCUCUCCUGGCAGCCAAACAACAAAUGCUGGUUGAGUGGUUUUGCCCAGGACCGUGAUUCAAAAUGUUGAAGGCUCUUCUAUAAAAGGUAAACCAGC